AAAGUGAUAAUUAUGCAUAAUUGAGAAGGUAAAAAGGGAGUCCUUUCCCUGUUUUGUAAUUUUUUCUGUUCCUGAUUUGUCACACUUUUUAAUGCUCUGUGAAGAGUGUAAAAUAUAUCAUACGUUUUUUUGCUUUUUCGUUUUUUUGUUUUUACGGAUUGGCCAUCCUUAGCAUGUGGCGCAACUCGCACUGAGUGAAGCUGCGAGCGUUCAUUUCGUCGUUUGCCGUCGUCAGCGAUUUGAAGCGACGGAGGUGAACUGAGUCGUCGCUCGUUUGUUAUUUGGUUUGUUCGUUUUUUCGCUAACUCGCUUGUUUUAUUUCCCUCUUCUUUCUGCGUUAUUGGACGUGGGCAGUUCCUCCCCCCAUUGCGCGCAAAGGCAACUCCAAAAUGAGCAACGUGGACGAGUUCUACGAAUACGCGAAAAACAACUUCCUAAACUUCCUGAAACAGAAUAAUGUACAUUCUCGAAAUGAAGAGAAGGCGAAUGAAAAAAAAGGGGGCAAGGAAAAUAGGGUUAAGGGAAUGCACGAUCGGCACCUGUCUGAUAUGAGAAAGCUAAAGAGGGACGAGCUCAAUGAUAAAGAAAGCUACGACCAGAAAUGUAAAGAUUUUCUUCUUAAGAGGAAGAGCAAAGGUUUGAGGAGGAGCGCGAAGGGGGGCUCGGCAAGUGCCUCCUCGGACGCGUCAGCUUCAUCCGCGUCGGCAUCAUCAAUCGCAUCCUCCGCUUCUUCCUCUUCACGCACUUCAUCUUCCUCAUCCGAUGAGAAGACGAAAAGGCGAAAGCGAGAGAAGCAUCGAAGGAGACACAGGGAGAGGGACAAAAAGGGAAGGAAGAGGAAAACGGAGAAGGAGGACGAAAAAAGGAAGAAGAGAAAAAAGAGAAAGAAGGAAAUGAUGGAAGAAAAACCGAGGAAAGAGAAAACCACCAACUGUGGGGAACACAAACGAACGGAAAAAAAGCACGAAGAUGGGGAAAAGAGCCCAACGAGGAAGAGCUACCAAGUGGGGGGACGAUUGAGCCAUUCGCAAAAGAGCUCUUCCCCUUCGGAUGAUGAACCAAAACGGAAGAGCAGAAGGGAAAAAACGGAAACCCAUUUUUGUAGCCAAAGUGAAGACAAAAUGAAGACUCAUGACACGGAAAAAAUCACCCAGUUGAGUGCCAAAUUGGAAAGAACAAUAGCGGAAAAAAAAGAAAAAAUGUUGUUAAAAAACGCAUUGAACAAAAAUUUAGUAGACUGUAAAUUUUGCAUCGACUCAAACUCUUUCAGCAAAAUUAACAAAUUGAAUAUAAUCAGCAUCAGUCAGAAAUCAUACAUAUGUUACUAUAAUUAUAAAAAUGUUUUUUUAAAAGACCAAUUGUUCAUUUCGCCAAUUGAACAUACCACAAGCGUAACGAACACAAAUUUUGAUACCGUGCAAGAUAUGCGCAAUCACAUGAAGUCGCUAAUAGCUAUGCUGGAGGAAAGCAAUCAGACGUGCAUUUUUGUCGAAUUUAAUAACUGCUUUAAUGCUAGCAUCGAAUUAAUAUCGCUGAGAAAAACAAAACAUGCAUAUAUUAAUUGUUACAUAAUACCAAUGGAGUUACUUGAGAAGGCAAAAAUUUAUUUCAAAAAAAAUUUGGAAGAUAUAAAUUCUCUAUAUAGAGAAAAUAAGCAGUUAAUUAUCACGAAAAAUAAAUAUGCCCCUUACAACGUUUUACCGAAACAGAUCCCCUACGUUUCGGUCAAUUUUUCGCUGGUGGAGACGUACAUACAAGUGAUUGAAAAUAAUUAUGAUUACAUAAAUAUGUGUAAAUGUAUUUUUACGGAUCUUUUUAAGAAGGAUAAAUUUUAUAAAUGUUUUCAAAACUUUCAGCAGUAUGUGAACGCAGUGGAGAAUUUUAAAUCCGCCUAUGGAAAGUACGAUUGGACGGCCUACAUGAAUUGA